UAAUUGCUCUGACAAAAGGUUGACAGGUCUCAACUUCCAUAGCUAAGACAUGACUUUAAGUUACAGUGAGUGAAAGUGAGGCCUGAGGGUCAGACAGAGAAAGAGAAAGAGAAAGAGAAAGAGAAAGAGAGAGAGACCUAUAACAAUCCACUGUAAGGUCUGUAACUGCACACUAGCUGCUUCAGCCUGUCACACUGGCUUCGAUGGAUAACAAGCGUAAGCUUUCAUUUAAGCGAGCAUCCUUUAUGAAGAUUCUCGAGGACAGCUUCAUCAAUAAGCUGCCAAUACCCCCUGCUUUCGCUAAGAUCUUUGAAGAAUGCAUACCACCAUGGCUCAUCUUAGAGAUUGCUGGAACCAGAAAAUGUUGGAGGGUAGACAUAGAAGAGGACGGAAAUGGCAGGAUGUAUCUGAGUUGUGGCUUUGAUUGCUUUGUGAAAGCACACUCUUUGGAAGCUGGAAACUUCUUGCUCUUUGAGCUUGAAGAACCAUCAAUUCUCCAAGUGAAAAUUUAUGAGAAAGAUGGAUCUGAAAAGGCAGUAGGAACAACUUUUGAGACAGAUUAUGAAGGUAGUGCCUUUGAAUCUCCAAGAAGAACUCCAAUAAUCCAUCAAGAAGGAGAAUCAAGUCCAUGGUAUACUAUGCCUUCUGUUCAAUACGAAGCAUAUGAGAAGCAGCAGAACGCUAUAGGGGGAAACAAAAGGAAGAAAGGUAUAGUGUCAGCUACUGAACACGGUCUGUGUUUCUCUGUGACUUGGAGAAAUGCCAACCACUUCAUUUAUUAUCUGACAAUUCCAAAGGCAAUGCUGAGUGGGAAGAUACUCUCCAAUAAAGAUAGAGUAAUACUCCAGAACCGAGACGGAAAUAGCUGGCCAGUGGAGCUGAAAAUGAGGCCAGAUGGUCGCAUGGAUUUACAUAAAGGGUGGAGGCAGUUUGUCGAAGACAACAAUUUAACUACGGGUGACACAUUGAUUCUUGAGUUUGUGUCGAACAAUGUGAUUCAAGUUCAUGUGAAACGGGCUUUUCAAGUUGGUAAUCCUCCACAAAGUGGACAAGAUUGCCAAAUUGAAGACACUCAGUUUUUCAAUAUGGCAUGUGAAAAUGAGGAGCUUGCUGCUAACUAUACGACCGAAAAUAAUACACCAGUAACAGUGGCCAAAACUGAGAGAUUUUCAUCUGAAUUGAUAAGGUCUUCAUUCGCUAUAACCUGGACUCAGAAAACAAGAAAUUCAUAUUUGCACAUCCCGAAGGCAAUUGCCAAUAAGCAGAAGCUGGAGCACAAAGACACAGUGGUGCUUUGUGAUCCGGAAGGAAAACAAUGGUUAAUGGAAGUCAGAACUAGACAAUCAGACGGUCGUGUAGGAGUAGGCCGUGGAUGGGCUGAUUUUGCAAAAGCAUAUGGAAUUGGAGUUGGUGACACGUUAAUUUUUGAGUUCGUGACUGAUCAUAUGAUGAAAGUUCACGUGAUCAAAGCUUCUACAGAAGGCACCAUUAAGCAAGAACUGUUGCAGCUAGACUAGAUAGCUCAGAACUUUGUCACAUGGAAUAUGUAAAACCGACGUAUUGUGAUGCAGCUAAACCAUGUUUCUGGCUUUU